AUGGCAGAACCCAGCGCAGCAACACAGGGUGGAGGCGGAUUGUUCGGGAAGUGGAUGGAGGAAUUAUUGAACAAGGGGGCAACGACUCUGACGACUCCUGAAAAAAUUACGGAAGCGAUGCGGAAGAGUUUGAUAGACACAUGGGAAGAAUUAGAGAAGUGGUUAACGAAGCAGGAAUCCAAUGAAAUAGCGGGUUUCUGCAGCCAGAAUACAGUACAGUGGCCGGACGUGCAGCCACGGGGGUGGAGAUGGCCAAUGUAUAUGGAACUGUUAUGUAAUGCUAUACUCGAGAUAAAGUACUUCAUGAGUGGUAUAAAGACGGAGAGGGUUACGAUUAACGGAGUAGGAACGACGGAUGAUGUGCAAGCAACAUAUGAAGAUAUCGACAGUGCUGAAGCCUAUCGACGGUGCAUUGUCGGCGCUGUCGCCCUGAAGGAAAUCUAUGGUGAUCACUGUUAUUUGGGUGAAGUUGUAGGGAAGAUUGAAAGCGAAAUAAUGAACAAGGUAAAAUCGGAACAUAGCAGUAGGAAUGGGAUGUUUGCUGAAUGCAAAAAUAUUACUGAUACCGAAAUAAUGGUCGGUAAAGCACUCCUCGGUGAUAAAAUUAGAACGUGGACAAAUGGGAAAAGGAAGAGUAAGUUGGGCUGGAGGGUGGGGAGUGAGUUGUGGAAGAGGAUGACACAGCGUUGUUAUCAAGGGAAUAAGGGGAUGGGGAAACCGAAGCACGAGGCAACGCGGGAAGAAAAUUUACAGAAGAAUAAAGCAACUAUGGUAUCCUUCUCCGGAAUGAAGGACGAUGUCAACGGAAAAGGACCUGAUAGUGUGUCCCUAGCUGACAUAUUAACCAACGACAACUACAGAUUAGACACAACCACAUUAGAAAAUGCACUGCAGGUCGCAAUAAAGAAUGGCACCGUGGACCCUGCAAAAAUAAACGUCGUUGUAAAGAGGUUAGAGGGCGAAGCUAAGGAGAAAAUAUGGGAAGUGAAGGAACGAAGUAAACCGUGUAAUAGCAAUGAAUUGUGUAGUCGCUUAGAAUGUGUAUUAAGGCAAAAGGAGGGAUUGGAUGGGAGUUCUGUAGAGAAAUCCACAAACGAGAAGAAAUUGUGGGACGAAGUUCAAAAGGAAGUCACCAACCUUGUCACAAAGGUAUCUGACAAUGGGGGCACCGACACCGAUGCAGGCAGUCUGUGCAGUACAGUUCAAUGCCCCAAGGAUAAUGCAGAUUGUGUGAGCAAAGCAACAUGCAAAAUUAUGGUUAAAGCAUUGAAGGAGAUACAUGAAAUGAAGGAGGAUGAAUCCGUUUCUGAGGGGGACCGAGAGAAUGACCGAAUAUUUAAAUCUACCAUGCGUUGUGUAAUAUUGAAUGCAUUAGCAGAGAAAUUAAAACAACAUGCGAAACAGGGUGGUUAUGCUUGUGCCGUCGAAGACGGUAUAACUAAAGCAUUUUCUGCUGCGAAGCAGGAGAGUAAUCGCCAUACGUGGUGUAAGAAGAAUGAUAAUAAGAAGGGUUCAUGUGAGCCGUGUGAGAAGGUGGAGUGUAUCAGUUCUAAAAUUGGGAGCACCUCCCUAGUGAGCAAAGUGAUGGGUGAGUUGAACGCUGAAUCCACCACCAACGUACAAACAACAUUAUCCAAUAUAAAUGACAAAGCCACUUUAUGUGAUCGUCUACAAUGUGCUAUAGACCAAUGGAAGAAAACAACAACAGCAGGACAGGCAUCAGGAAGCAGCAACGAAGAAUUUUGGAAAGGGAAUGGCGGCCCUGUAAAAGAAUUGUGGGAUGAAUUAGCAGGGGAAAUGAACACAAAAGGCAAAGACGGGAACGAAACUGCUUGUAAUGAAGUGAUUGGUGAGAAUAAUGGCACUAGAACAGCAACUCCGUCUGAGAAGGCGGCAUGCAAUUAUUUGCAUGCCGGCUUCGAACAAUUGUACGAUCUGACGGCGCCGACGACGUCGUCGUCUAUUUUAAACAACCCAUCGUUUAGACAAACGAUGGGUUGUUUCUUACUUCACGCUUAUGCACAACAUAUGAAAAGAAAUGCAAUUUGUGAUAUUGAAAAGGGCAUAAGCAAAGCUUUCGAACUUGGGGAGGAACUCAGUAGUAAUGGUACUAAUGCUAAUUGCAAGGGUGGUAAAACUUGUAUUCCAUGCAAAUGGGCAGAUACUGCCCAAUUGAGCAGUUGCCAAAUUGAAAUAAAGGGCACAAAUGCCCAAAGCACCACCACUGAGAAGGUAGAAGAGCAGUUAAAGACCAUCGUCAAUGACCAGGACUCCAACAUAACACAAAUGCUAUCUAAAAUAAAUAAAAUGUCCACUUUAUGUGAGCACAUGGAAUGUAUAGCAUCCCAUUUAAAUUCCACAAACGGACAAAACCCAUCGAAAACAACUGCGAGCGAAUUCUGGACAGAGACUGGUGAUGUUGGCAAACUGUGGAGAGAAUUGUCCAACGCCAUGAAGGGGAAGGAGAAUGACAAUGGGAAUGGUGUUUGUGAUAAGAUGGGAGAGAACGGCACUACUGAGAGGAAUGCAACUGACCCUGAAAGGAGGGCAUGCCAACAUCUUACAGCAGGUUUCCAGAAACUAAAGGAUAUUACAACGAAUGGAACUUCAUCUUACGAAACCCUAAGGAAGGACACAUCGUUUGGACAAGCGGUGGGUUGUUUCUUACUUCAUUCUUAUGCAAAACAUAUGCAGAAGGAGUCCAUUUGUGAUAUUGAAAAUGGAAUAAAAAAAGCUUUUGACACUGCAGAAAAAGGUUCAAAUGGAUUACAAUGUAAAUGGGAUGAUAGGGACUAUGACAACUGCAACAUUACCACAAAUAGCAACGCCCAAGCGAAAGUAACGGACAAAUUAACAACAGUAUUACCCUCGGACCAAGACAGCACCUUCACUACCACCAUGGACAACAUAAACAAAACAGAUUCUUUAUGUGACCAACUCAAAUGUGCUGCACCCAGAUGGUUCCAAAACAACAGGCAAGUGAACGGGAAUAGUGGUACUACUAAGAAGACUUGGUGUGACUUUUGGGAUGGCGCAGUUAGGACAACAUUGCAAGCGAUGUUCAAGCACAUCGAUGAAAAAGGAAAGACCGAAACUAAUGCUGCAUGCAAUGACUUUGGUGAUAAUAAUCCUGAUAGUGUUGAAAGAAAAGCUUGUAAUCAUAUCACAGCAGGACUACAACACAUUAAUGGCAUUACAGAUAAUGGAAAUGGCAACCAACUGCUCGAACGAGCAGUUGGCUGUAUUGCUCUUAACAUGUAUGUUGAUGAAAUAAUUAAAUUGACGGAGAAAAAUUGUCCCAUUGAUGAGGAAAGAAUAAAGGCAAUGUUUGAAAAAUGGAAUGCUGAGCAUAAUUCUUCGUCUUCGUGUAAUGGUGCUAAUAAAAAUGGUUGUUUUAAGUGUGAAAGGGUUCAAAACACAGAAUUUAGUAGUUGCGAACUAAGUGUUUCCAAAACAUUGAUUAAUACAUCAUCAUCACCGUCACAACCACAAUCACAAAGUGGAGCUUGCGAUAAGGGGGAAGCUGACGCAAUUAAAGUCCAACCUCAAAUGGAAAGCCUCCUCCAAACUGACUCCAAAAGGAAAGAUACACUAGACGAAAUCAAUAAAAUGGACAACUUCUGUACUAAAAUGCAAUGCGCAGUAAAACAAUACGUAAAGAAGAUCAAAAAUGGAAAACCACCAUCUUGGGAUGAAAUAACUAAUGUGGUUGAUGAGGAAUUAAAGGCACUCCUAAAAAUUAUUACGAAUGAUGGGAAUUGGAAACAAGAGGAAUUUAACCAAUACUGCAUGGAAGACAUUGGUUCUUCUUGGUCAACCGACACCGACGGUGAAAAAACUGCAAAGCAAAAAGCUUGUAAGCUUUUUGCUUCAGGUUUAAAACACAUUUCUGAUAUUAAAAAAAACAACCAAAAGGAUGAUCAUGCUGUACCACUUAGAAAAACUAUGAUGUGCGCAGCACUUAAUCUUUAUGCUGAUCAAUUAAUAGAAAAAUCAACAAAUCAAUGUCCUUUAGAUAAUGAAAAAUUGGGACAGGCAAUAAAAUACGCUUUUGAUAAAAAUAAUGCCACUAAGAAUGGAGCAAAUUCAUGCACCACUCAGGGCAAUAAUUAUUGUUUUGAAUGCAAGAGGCAAAGUCCUUUCCCUAAUUGCCAAAUUGGCAGCAAAACCACUGACAAAGUAAAGGAGAGAAUGAACGAACUCCUCGAACAAAACAAAAGUGAAACCAAGAUGGACGAAACACUAGACAAAAUAAAUAGUAAAGACACUUUCUGUACUCAAGUCCAAUGUGCAAUCAAACAACACUACAACAAAAAGAGAAAAGAAAAGACAGGUGCAAUGGUCACACCUAAUUGGAGUGACAUACACAAUGACGCCACAACAGAAUUAGCGGACCUUUUAAAAGAUAUGAACGACCCUACAAAGCAGAAGAACGUUGAACAAUACUGCAAUGACGACAGCAAAUGGAAUACUAAGGGCCAUAAAGAAAAAAAAACAAAUAAAGCAGCUUGUUUGCAUUUUGCUGCAGGAUUAAAACACAUUUAUGGCCGCGGUAAGGGCUCUGCUAAGGUCAAUGUUAAGGACCCAUCGUUUGGGCAAACGAUGGGUUGUUUAUUUCUUAAGGAAUAUACAAAACAAUUAAAAGAAAUGGCAAAAGUGAAGAAACAAGGAAAUAGUUGGGUACAUCCUCUUUGUGACAUAGAUGAGGGCAUAAAUCACGCUUUUGAACAAAGUGAAGACAUUAUGAAGAAUGUAUUAUCUGAAUGUAACAAGGGUCCUAAUGGUAUUUCUUGUUUUGAAUGCAAAAUUGACCAAGAUUAUGAUGAUUGCCCCAUUGGCAACAGCCAAAAUGACAAAAUAGAGGAAAAAGUGGAACCACUACUCCAAGAGAAGAGCGACUUAAUGGAAAAAACAUUAGAGAAUACAGUCUGUCCCAUCCUUCUUACGGAUCUCCUUACCCCUUUUCUUCCUUUGGCUCCUGUCUCCAUUGGCCUUUCUGCUAUGGCUUAUUACCUUUGGAAGUAUUUUGGUCCUCUUGGUAAAGGAGGAGCACGUUUCAGAAGAUCUCCUGGUGAAAUUCCUGGUCCAUCGGUACAGGAACAAGUUCUCGAUCAUGUGCAGCAAGAUAGUUCACAUGAAUAUCAAUUGGUGAAGGAACGAAAACCUCGUUCUGUUCCAACAAGAACAAAACGUUCUGGUCGCGUGAAUCGUCGAACGAUUAUUGAAAUUCAUUUUGAAGUGUUGGAUGAAUGUCAAAAAGGGGACACACAAUUGAACCAGAAGGAUUUUCUGGAACUUUUGGUUCAAGAAUUCAUGGGAUCCGAAUUAAUGGAAGAAGAACAGUUUUCUAAGGAAGAAGUUCUUAUGGAAGGGGUUCCAAUGGAAAGUAUUCCCUUGGAGCAGGUUCCAAUGGAAAGUAUUCCCUUGGAGCAGGUUCCAAUGGAAAGUAUUCCCUUGGAGCAGGUUCCAAUGGAACGUGUUCCAAGUUUAGGUUCCGGGUUUAUGGUUUAG